UCAUAUCAUCGAAGUGUGCUUGGUGUGGCGAAAUAAAAUGGAAAGCCUGUCAUUACUAUUAUGAGAGAGGAGUCAAAUCCCAGACAUCAGAACAAUCUGAUCAGAGAAAAAUAAGCAAUACGCAAACCUUUGCUUUAUAAUUAAAAACAGCUCGGAAACAUGAGUUUUAUGGAAAUCGACGGGUCUUUCCUGGAGGGCGGUGGACAAGCUCUGCGUAAUGCCCUCAGUUUGAGCUGCAUCCUGGGACGACCGGUACGCAUUAUUAGGAUUCGUGCCAACCGACCCAAGCCGGGUCUCUCGCAUCAGCAUUUGCAUGGCAUUGAUCUGCUGAGGAGCGUCACUCAGGCGGCUGUGAAGGGCAACCAUAUGGGCUCCACGGAAGUGGAAUUCUCGCCACGCCAGAUUCGGGCAGAUAAUUAUCAAGUGGACACCGGGACAGCGGCAAGCAUCACUUUGGUCUAUCAGGUGGCUUUGCCGGUUUUGCUGUUUGCCGGCCAGUUUUCCCGUUUGGAAGCGUUUGGUGGGACCAAUGUCGCCUUUGCCCCACCCGUGGAGUACAUGCAGGAGAUUCUGGAGCCGAAUCUGCGACGCUUUGGCGUAACAUUUAAUCUUAAUGUGGUCAGGUAUGGAUUCUAUCCCCGAGGCUGUGGAAGGUGCAUUUUGGAUGUGGAGCCAGUGUCUUUCCUGAAGCCAAUUCAGCUGCUCGAUUUCGGGCAAUUGCAGGAGGUUAAAGGUUGGGCCCUCUGUUCGGGGCGAGUGCCCCGAAGUGCCGGCCGAGACAUGCAGCAGACUGCUCUAAGGGAAAUUCAACGCCAAUGGCCACAGCAUAAUUGCAAUAUACAAGUGGUGAAAUUGGCCCACGACAAGGGACCCGACAAUGGCGGUGGCUUUCUGAUGAAGGCUAUUACCAGCACGGGUUGCAUUCUGGGAUCGGGAAUUGUUGGCGGCAAGACCGUUAACGGGCACGAGUUGGGUGCCAGAGGCGUAAGCGAAUUAAAUGGCAUCUUAAAGACCGAAGGCUGUGUGGAUGAACAUAUGCAGGACCAGUUGAUCAUUUACAUGGUCCUGGCCAAAGGACGCUCUAGCAUACGCACUGGUGCCCUAACCAAUCACACUCGCACAGCUAUCCAUGUAAGCGAACAGAUGACGGGCGUAAAAUUCGACAUCGAGGACGACGGCGAGGGCCAUUUUGUCAUUAGUUGUGAUGGAAUUGGAUUCGAAGUCCCCAAAUCCGAAGAAGUAUAGUCGAAGUAGUUAACUCUUUUGUAUAAUAUAAUAUUUAAAUAUUCUACAUUAUAAUAAAAAUAAGACUUUUACGCCUAGAUACGGCGGAAUAUGGCCAA